GCGGCCGACCGACCGCCCCGUCCCGUCCCGCCCGACGCAAAAGGAGGAGCGGAUUUAGCAGAGAGAACUUCCCGCCGCCGCUGCCCGCGAAUCUCCGGCGACAAUGCGAUUCAGGAGCUCGCACAGGCUCCCGCUCUUCCCUCACCAGAAGCCGCUGCGCUGCCUGCACCAGCACCGCCGGUUCCUCGCUUCCUUCUUCGCCAAGAAGCUAAGCGGCUCGGCUCAAGCCCGCGCGUCCUCCGAUGGCGGCGCCGCCGGCUCCGAAGGGAGUUCUUAUCUGGUGCCUGGCGCUACGGUCGCUACUCUGCUCAUGCUCGGUGCUCUCCAUGCUCGUCGCCUCUACGACGAUAAGAAGGUUGAAGAGGCAAGAGAAAAGGGAAUUGAAAUUGAAUUCCAGCCAGAUGUAAAGGCCACAUUUCUCAGGUUACUACCUCUCAGAUCCAUUUCAAGAUUUUGGGGUUUUCUGACUAACGUGGAAGUUCCUGUAUGGAUGCGGCCUUAUCUCUGUAGAGCAUGGGCUCGGGCAUUCCAUUCAAAUUUAGAAGAAGCAGCAUUGCCUCUUGAAGAAUAUUCUUCUUUACAGGAAUUUUUUGUCCGUGCCUUAAAAGAAGGUUCAAGGCCAAUUGACCCUGACCCAAAAUGCCUGGUUAGUCCUGUGGAUGGUACUAUUCUACGAUGCGGAGAGUUGAAGGCUGCUGGGGCUAUGAUUGAGCAAGUCAAAGGUCUUUCCUACUCAGUCUAUGCUCUUCUCGGUGCGAGUUCUUUCCUUCCAAUGGUAGCUGGAGGAAAGACCAAUGAAGACGAAGUUGAAAAGGAAAGUGUUACUGAAGAGGAAAGGAAGAAAUCAUGGUGGAGAGUGUCGUUGGCCUCACCAAAAAUUAGGGACCCUGUGUCGGCAUGUCCUAUGAAAGGCCUCUUUUACUGCGUAAUUUACUUGAGACCUGGUGACUAUCAUCGAGUCCAUUCACCAGCUAAUUGGAAUGUUCUAAGUAGGCGACAUUUUUCAGGCCGUCUAUUUCCUUUAAAUGAACGUGCCACAAGGACAAUAAGGAACCUGUACGUGGAGAAUGAGAGGGUUGUUCUUGAAGGUCUCUGGCAGGAAGGUUUUAUGGCACUUGCUGCUAUUGGUGCGACAAAUAUUGGAUCGAUUGAGCUUUAUAUUGAACCUGAGCUUCGCACAAACCGGCCAAAGAAGAAACUACUGCAGUCAGAAACUCCAGAAGAACGGUUUUAUGAACCUGAAGGUGUUGGAAUCAUGAGCAAGAAAGGGGAUGAGAUGGCCGUCUUUAACAUGGGAUCAACAGUGGUUCUGAUCUUUCAAGCUCCAAUGACAGAAUCACACGAAGAUGAUGACCCCUCCGGUUUUAGGUUUUGUAUCAAACAAGGCGAUAGGAUUCGUGUAGGACAAGCCCUAGGAAGGUGGAAGGAAGGAUCUGCAUGCUGAAGUAUGACCAUGGGAGCACUCGUCAUGUUUUAUUAAGAUUGCUCUGACUUGUUUUUGGGUUUUUUUUAAUCCCAGUGAACCAUGAGAUAAUUUUUCUUUCUUGACAGCGAACCAUGCCUCAGUUUGUGGUUGAAAAUUGCAGCAAUUUCUUUGCAAACUCUGCAAUUUAUUUACAGCUAGUUUAAAAGCAAUUUGCAGUGGUCAGCUAUUCUUGGUACGA